AUGUCGCACGAAAUGUCCCACCUCGGCCCUCGGGCCUUCAACCACGACCAGAGCAGCGACGCCGAGGCUGAGUACGACCGACUCCGCGACCUGGCCCGCCAGGAAGCCUCGAAGCGCGGUUCCUGUUUCCAGAGGUCGCAGGAAGCGUACUCGAACGGUGAUGGCGCUGGCGCUAAGCAGUACUCCGAGGAGGGAAAGGCGCAUGGGCGCAAGAUGGAGGAAUAUAACAGACAGGCGUCUGAGUUUAUUUUCCGGGAGAACAAUGCCAGCGGACGUGUAGCGGCCGAUACGAUUGAUUUGCAUGGACAGUUUGUUGAGGAGGCGGAGGAGAUUUUGGAGGAGCGCAUUAAAUAUGCGAAGGCGCAUGGUCAAACUCAUUUGCAUGUUAUCGUGGGUAAGGGUCACCACUCUGCAGGCCAUAUCCAAAAGAUCAAGCCACGCGUCGAAAAAGUCUGUGAUGAGUUGGGCUUGAAGCAUUCGAUUGAGGAGAACGCUGGUCGUAUCUACGUGAACUUGACUGGUGGUGAGGCUGUCAUGCCUGAGUACCCGCAACACCAACAGUACCCCCAGCACCAGCAGCACCAGCAGCACGGCUACCCUGGUGGUCAGCAACAGCACCAGCAGCAACAGCAACAACAGCCGGAUGAGAUUGAGCAGGUUGUCAAUGCUGUGUUGCCGAAGAUCAUGCGGAAGUUGGAGAAGGCUUGCUGUGUGGUUAUGUAA